AUGGGUUUCUUCGACAGCUGGAGCGAUCUUGUAUCGGCUGCUACACCAUGGAGUCAGGCAGAGGCUGAGGCCGUUUCUGGAGGUUCGAGUACGGAGAAGACUCCUGCGCAAAAGGAUGACGGCGGAGAGGGUGAGGCAAAGGAUCCAUCUGGAGCCACUCCAGACAAGAGAGCAGCCAAGGACGCUGAAGAGGAAGAGUCGAAGGAUGAGGAGCCUGUAGAGGAAGAGGAAGAGGAAGAAGAGGAAGAAGAAGAGGAGAUGGUUGAUCCAAAAGAUAAGAUUGAAGAGGAAUGUAAGGAAUCAGCAGCUUGUGCUCCUUCUAAGCACCACUACGACGAGUGUGUUGAGCGAGUUACAAGUGGCAAGGAACAAACUCCAGGCGAGGACUGUGUUGAAGAGUUCUUCCAUCUUGCACACUGCGCCACUGCCUGCGCUGCCCCUAAGCUCUGGAACACCCUCAAGUAAAUCCAAGCUCGACUACCUAGUACAUCACGGAAUUACGCACAAAACAUGAAUCAGCUUUUUAGAUGAAUGGAGAGGGAAGGAGGGAAGAAGUUAGAGGAUAGCGGAAUUGUACAAAUAUGAAACCAAAAUCCGUUCUUGAGCACUGCAUUGCAUAUCAGAUCAGAACUCCAUUUUUCACCGAACGCAUUGCAUGUAGUAUAGAAAGGAAUCGUUAUAGAAC